AUGAAAUUCUCUACCAUCAUCAUUACUCUUGCCUCGUAUCUGUUGUUUACAGAAGUCCACGCUGCCCCAGUGUUAUCUCCUAAUAUCUCCCCGUCCUCUAAAUUACUAUCAAAGCGCGAACCUGGUAGCUCCCUUGCCUCUGAAAUCGAAGCAUUAGAAGAAUCUGAGUUGAAACAAUCAAGAUUGAAAUCAGAAAACGCCAACAACAAGAACAGUGGUUCCAAAAAAGGGUCUUCGUCCUCUACUUCCAAAGAAGGAUAUUCAUCCUCUAGUUCCAAAGAGAGUGACAGCAAGUCAAAAUCAUCAUCAUCAUCUUCUUCUUCUUCUUCUUCAAGUAAUGAUGGUAGUAUCAAGGCAUCAUCUUCUUCAAGCAGUGACGGCAGUAUCAUCAAGACAAAGACAAAAUCUCUGAGCGUGGCGAAACUUCCAGCAGCCGCAGAAGUGGCGGUGGCCGAAGAAGGUCCUAGUGCUUUGAACUCUCUUAACAUCGCCAUCAACGGAGGGAUUUUGGGGAUCACUGCUGCGGGAUAUAUUGCUGAUAGAAAAGAAGCUGAAGAAGAGAAGGAAAAGUACGAAAAAGAACACGGGACUAGUUCUUCAUCCACUAGUUCUUCUGCAACCAGCUCUGCAACCAGCUCUGCAACUAGCUCUGCAAUUGAUGGUGCUUUAACUGCCACUUAUUCCUCGGCUUCAAUCGCCACUUCAGCUAUCAGUACCCUUUGA